CAAUGAUACACACGCUCUUUUUCUACUCAGCCAAAAAUGAUGUUAAGUAAAUUAAAACGCGUUUCUUUAUUACUGAUACUCUUUGUUGCCCUGGCUGUGACGUGGCUUGUCCCCUCGGCCUCCAGUUGGUUAAGGUUUUUGUCAAAGCCAGAUGUUUUUUUGGAGGCUAUCGCAUACCCGCAGACGCCUCAUGAGGAACCUACAGCGACACAUUUCAGUCAAGUGGAGGCUGUAAACCUGAGCGCUGGGAACAAGACUUUGAGAACCUGUCCUGACACGCCGCCGAACCUUGUAGGUCCUCUGUAUGUGGCGUUUAACAGUCACUUGGUUCUGGAACAGGUUUGGAGGGUGGUUGGGAGUCCUGCUCUACAUAUAGGUGGGCGAUACAAGCCACUUGAUUGUACCUCACAACACAAGGUGGCGAUAAUCAUCCCAUUCCGCAAUCGACAGAAGCACCUGAAUAACUGGCUUUUUUACCUCCAUCCCAUUCUGAUCCGGCAACAGCUGGACUACGGCGUGUAUGUCAUCAACCAAGCCGGAGAAGGAUUGUUCAACCGGGCCAAGCUGCUCAAUGUAGGCUUUGUGGAGGCACUGAAGGAUUACGAUUACAACUGUUUUGUCUUCUCAGAUGUGGACCUAGUGCCUGUGGAUGACCGCAACUUGUACACAUGCUUUGAUAGUCCCAGACACUUGGCUGUGGCGAUAGAUAAAUUCCAAUUCAGUUUACCUUACAACACUUACUUUGGCGGCGUCUCGUCCUUGUCCAAGGAGCAGUACUUAAAAGUCAACGGCUUCUCAAACACUUUCUGGGGUUGGGGCGGCGAGGACGAUGAUAUUUAUAACCGAAUCAUCUUCAAAGGGAUGUCCAUUUCACGACCGGACAUGGUGAUCGGACAAUACAAGAUGAUCAUACAUGACAGGGACCUGCACAACGAGGCCAAUGAGUUGAAUUCGGUCAAAGUCAACCAAACCCUACAGACGAUGGAUCACGACGGUUUUAAAUCCCUUAAGUACACUGUUGUUGGUGUUGAGAAGAAAAAACUUUAUAGUUUUAUUGCUGUGGACAUCGAAGCUCCUUCAUCUUUAGAUUCUACCUUUGAAAGGUCCCUUAUCAUGCAAAACUGACUUUAAGAGCGUACUUUCUCCCCCCCACCAUGUCUAAGCCCACUCGUUCACUGACAUUUUUUUAAAGGCUUCUUUACACAUCUUAAGAUGAAGCCAGGAACCUUGCUAAGUCUCUGUCACUCAUCCAUAGACAUGGGACCUGUAAGUUUGAUCAUUUCAACCCAGCAUGACAGCCUACAAAUGGAAUGUAUAGUUUUUACAAUAACAAUAUACAUUGUUACUGUCAAUCAAAACUGAGCAUUAUUGUGGUUGUGAGGGUCUAAUAUCAUUUUCAAUCAUUGGGGCUAACUUUGUCUUGGGAUUUUCAUGUCGAAUCUGAUUUGUUAGA